AUGGGUAACGAGCAAAGUAGCACUUCAAAUAGUUCGAUCUCAACUUCACUCUCUUUUUUUGGUAGCAAAAAAAGUGGUUCAGUGAAAAGAUGUGAUCGUAUCGUUGUUGUCAAACCAGCUGCAGAAGCGAUCCCAAAAUCUAACGAAGAUGAAAUUCUUAAGAGAUUUCUUGAGAUCCCGAAAUUUUACCCAAUCUUCCGUAGUUCUUUGAACCAAUCUGGAUUGCAUGAUUGGCCUGAUGUCACUUCAAAAAUAAGUUCAAAACCAAUAUUAAAGCUGUCUUAUCGUCUUCAACGACAUCUUUUUGAAUGUGCGGAUGUAAUUUGUUCUGAACAAGAUGGCAUUACGAAAAUUAUAACCAAUCGGCUUUAUAAUCGUUUGGCCGAUUUAGAUGAUUUUCGAUGUUCAUUACGUGAUGCGGUGUCGUUUGCUAUGACUUUGAAUGAAAUAUUGUCAGGAGAGGAUCGCUUGCCAUUGCUGAAUCUUGGAAGUGUUCUAGAACGUACACCUAUUGCAACAUCGUCAGAUUCUUCGCCUGAUGAAUCUGGAUUGCAUACUGCUUUUACUGUUGAUAAAAAAACUGGAAAAUAUUGA